GCAGAGGACCUCGUGUGAACCGUCGUUCUAUCUGCAAAGUAUGGAGCUAAAUCGAGUCGUGGGAGCAACAGUGUGCAUUUCUCCUUGGGCCGCAUGAAUGUCACUCACAUGUCAAUGUUGUUUCCACAGAUGCCACUCUCGAGUGGCCACUCUGCAUCCUACGCGCAAGCUGGCUGUGAACUGCGCUGUUUGUGAAUUUGUUUGCUGUAGCCUUGAGCUAGGUGCCAUUAAAGCGCCUGAACGUAAUUUGUGGGUUCACACCCUUUUCCGCUGAAAGAUGCUUGAUGCUUUGGUUCUCCAGACCAGAUGCCUUCGCCCUCGCUUGGUGGAGUUUGCUUUCCUUCAAUCCUAAGUCACAUUUGUGUGUGAAGAUUUUGGGGCAGGAUGCAAAGCCACUGGUGCUAAUAUGCCCAUGUUGAGGGCCACACUCACACCAUGGGUUUGUCUCAAAACGUGUGAGACGCGUCCAGCAGAAUGCUGGGAAGAUGCCCAGUUUCAGCUGAAAGAUUGCCACCAGGAAAAAGCGGACACUGGAUGCAUGCCUUCACUGUUUUUGUUGAUGGCGGCUCAUUUAGGGGAAUCCAAACUCAGCUGAGCUUUGCUUUUGCCUGAGGUGAAGUGACGUGUCAGCAGAAAGAAACCAGACGUGCGGCACCUGAAAGAAUGCCCAGAGAAAGGAUGCUGUGCCCGCCGAAGUUCUUCGUGAAAGUCCAAGCUCUACACCUUUUGGAUGAGUUUCGGAGCCUGGGGGCCUGGUGUAUUUAUUUACACCACUGGGGCUUGAGGCGCUUGGAAAAGAUCAGUGUGACCAAGUGUGCAUCAUGGCUUAUGCGCUCCUGCCAACCCUGCCAAAGUGAAAGCAGAAUUUGGUUGCCCAAGACCGUGGAAGCCUCAAAGAAAAUUGGAGCCAGGAGUUUUCCCAGAUGAUGCGUUGGAAGUGGGCUGUGUCACUCGAAAACAGGUGUUUGAGACACGUGAAGCACAGACUGUCCAUGUGUGGCACAAUUUGGUGUGGAUGCAAAGAACCUUCGUCCAAGUGUUUUGGCACGAAAAUCAUGGCAGUGAUGCUUAGGCGGCGGCCAUUACAUGACUGCAAAAGGUUUGCCCUCUGCAGCGCGGGCGGGCGGCUCGCGCGUUGUCAGUUCAAUGUCUUUGUGCCCAAUGCACUGACAACACGCUCGGUGAACUCGUUUGCAACAGAAGUACUUGAGCACCCCAGGCGCCCAACUGUUUGCUAUGGCACUCUCCAUGCACUUUGCGCUGUGCAUGAGUGUUUUGAAAUGAUGUUUAAUGCGUGAGUCCUCACAUCAGAGUCAAGUCUUAACCGCCCAACCCAACAGGCCCAACAGCCAACAGCCGUCCUUCCAGACCCUCCGCCUUCCCUGCGUUUGAGCCAGGCAGUCCCGCGCCGCACGUGCCAACAGGCAGUCCCGCCGAGACGUGGACCUGGGCGUCGAACGAAAGAGCUUCGGAGAGGGGCCGAUCUUCGUGCGACGGUGCCUGGAGGUGCCGUGUGGCCAUCGAGCAGAUUGUGGAUGAGGUCUUAAAAGUCCUGACCGGUCUUGUUGGGCCAAAGUGUACAAAGACUAAGAUGUCCAUGAAGAGGCAAUGUAAUUUCAGUGAAUGAUGUUGAGGAGUGAGCCCUCAGGUUCAGUUCGGGAAGGUCGAGACGGACCAAAUUGCUGCCAGCGGGUGGGCGCAAGGUCCUCCAAAACUUGGUUUCAAUGGGGUGCGAGCUCGGCCUUGCAGAUCUUGCAUACCGAUACCUAUUCUCGCUCGGCUUCCACGUACAUGUUCUCGCCGGAGCUUCAAGGUGAACGUCACCUUCCGGCAGCUGCCAGCUACGUCUUGAUCCGUUUGCUGUUGGGGGGGGUCGUUUGGGACCUGGAGAGUGCGCAGUGCGUUUGCGCUCCAGCAUGUUGGCUCUUAACGUCCUAUCAGUGCUUGUACGAGCAUGCUGCACAUGCUCUGAAACAUGAAAAGGGCCCAUGUGGGCAGACGACGCAAGGGUUAUCUAUAUCGCUCCACAACCUCUCCUGGAUGGUUCAAUAUGCCAUCGGGUCGGAUGGGAGAAGUCUCUCUGCGGGGAUGCGGUCGUCAUCCACCUUUUUCGAUGUCACCAUGCAAGCAAGUCACCAAGCUGCUUGCCAGCCAACUCGCUGUAUUGACCGAGGUUCCCAGACACUGAAAAUAGGACUGGAAUGUCUGGCUACGACCUCCCAAACCACGCCAACAGAUCGGCCAAUGGCCAUUUUGUGUCGAACCUUUGCGCCGAGUUGGUCGCCCCAAGGCUGAGUUAGCUCGACACGCGUGAGUUGACAAGUGUUGUCGUGCAUGCAUGAAUGCCUCAGCUUCUAUAAGCAACUAAGAAGUGCUGUUUUGCAGAUUACCAGAAGCCAUAACAUUGUGCUGUACAUUGCUGAACAAUGGAUUCGGUUUGCUCUCUGUGUAGGCCCCUAUAGGACCAGGAUGUUAAAGCCUCCCGGCUGCAUGAUUUUAAGUUUGGUCUCUUCUUCCGAUGGUCAGGGGUGAAAGAUGAUGUGACCCUGACAAAGAUGGAGGUGUGGCUAACCUUCCGGAGGCCAGUUGAUGAGUGUAGGCUGUUCCUUUCGAUUUGUUCAGGGUCCUUAGCCUUGUGUCCUUUCUGAACUCUUGCACUCGCCACUCAAGAUCCGGUCUUCGUUUUGACCUAAUUCAUCGCACGUCAACGUCGUGGAAGCCUAGGCGAUUGUAUUGUAGCUGUUUGAAGUUGUCCUGUCUUCAGUCCAUUUGCCAAGAUGUCGGCAGCCUUGGCAUUGUUGUUGCCAAAAUCUACAGAACUUUGAGGACUACAUCAACACGAUGCUGUGCUGAUGGUUGGCACCCACCGUUUUUGCUCUCCAGCGCGGUCGUGGCUUUCAAGAGACAUGAGUGACGUGUCGCACCACAUGCGCAGGCAACAAGCUGCAACAUCUAUGGAGUCGCAGCAGCCAUGCGCAGAUCCUGUGGCAGCUCCGGCGCUAUGCCAAGACAGGCCUGUUGGAUUGACAUCUCGGAUGUGUCGAAGAUAUCAGGCUUUAAGAGGCGACUUGCCCCCUCUUUGUUUGAGCAACAGGCAGCUUCUAAAUAGAUUACGCUCCGCUUAGGCUUUGCCAACACAAGAUCAGAGAUUAAUUGGCACGGCCAACACAGAAGGCUGAUCAGCGUUCAACCUGUAUCGGAGUCGCAGGGAUUUGUUGGCCAGCAAAAUAGAGAUUCAGCCCGAAUUACACAACAAAUGUAUCGGUGGGCAACUCCAGCAAGUUUGGAGGGCGCUAGUCUACCUGAAGCACAGCCUUCACUUCUCAACAAGCAAGAUCGCCCAUACCGCUGUUUGGAUUUAGAUGAGCGCAGGUUCAUUACGGUGGCUGCUCGGUAUCACAAGCAGUGGAUGGAUCACGUCAAAGAGAACUACUGUGGCACAGCCUCAAUCAUGUGUCUCUUUCUGCAAAAGAGCGAUGAAGAUCUGGAGUUUGACAUAAAGGAAGCAUUUCAGCUGUACUAUGUCUCAGAAACAUUUUCUUCUCAGGCUCGCCUACUUUGCAUGGAAGCUACAACCGAUGGGCUUGCCAAAUUUCAGCUUCCAGUGACAUCAGUGCAAUCAAUGUUGUGCUUUGCACAUGGUGUCAAAUCAGGAUUCAAUGUGGCUGUGUACAUGGCAAGCUUGGUUCCAAUAUCAGGCUCAAAAGACUCAAAGGAUCCUCCUGAAAGAACGUUUGGGAACUUGUUUCAGUGCACAAAUUCUGCAAAGGUAUGCGUCAUCAAGAAAACAGCACCACCCAGAGCAUACAAAAAGCGAGUGCAAAGCAAAAAGGAUGAAUCUGAGGAACAAGGUGAUGAGUUUACAGAUGCUGAGGAAGAAGCACGCUUUCCUGGAGCUACGCUCCAACAGCCAAUUUCACUCAGCAAUUCUUUGUGCAAAGAGCCUUUGGUUGCAGCCUGCAAGCGAAGAUUGGAAGGAAAUGGAUCCUUACGUGCAAGUGGAAAGUCGUGCCUGAGUGUGGCGUUUACUGAGUGUGAGCCAAGAAAGCAGCCAUGAUAGUUGCAUUCACAGGACUUACGAAGGAGAAGGACAAACUGCAUUGCAGCUGGAAUCCUUUGCAAUGGCAAAUGGUGAGGGUGUACGAGGCCUUCAGCACAACCGCGCAAAUCUGCCACGAUGCUUGGACUUCACAUCGUCAGCUGGUGGCAACGCUUCUUCACAGAUUCGGGAACAGCCACUGAGCAUUGCAGUGUGGAGGUUACAAGAAUUACGAUCAAUGUUUGCAGCUACACACAUUUUGUGGUAGCCACACACAUUUUGAGGUAGCUACGCACAUUUUGGGUAGCUACAGUAUACCGGCAAUACUGGUAGUUUCCAAUUUCUUCAGCUCCUUGACAAUUGACUUUCUGUUCCUCAGUCUCUCGCUUCAUCCUCUCCUUCGACGCACGCGCCUUGCCACCCUUGGUGCUGCGCACCGUCGAGGACGCAAAAGUUAAAAACUAUGCCAAGCACCUGCCCGCUACAGGGCCGUGUCGAUGAAUGUGAUUGUGUGGGAUGCCACCUGCAGCUUCUUCGGUCCUGGUCAGAAUGACCUGCAGUUUGAUGGAUGUCGCUCGCGCCGUGUGGGGUUGCAAGCGCAACGGGUGAUGCCCAUUUUUGGAGAAGAUGGUGUCCAUGAGGAGAUUGGCAUCUCUCAUGUCUGGGACAUCUCAUCCGUUUGAGCAAGACGGGUGUGUCGCAUGAAGGAGCAGGGCAGAGGUGUCCAUCGAGUUUCGGCGAAGUAGCGCCCGAAUGGCCAAUGUCAAUUAGUUGCGUCACUCCAAGUGCUUGUAUGUCAAGUGCACCGUGCCUUCUUGGCAGAGCAAUGCAGUGUGGUACGCUGCGAGAAAAGUG